AUGCUGUUACCGGUGCUGCUAGUGUCCGUUUGCACGGUUGGGCGUCAUGUCGCGGCCAACGGGUUCAACGCAAACCAGUAUCCGCAGGCACAGGUGAACGCUUGGACGCAGGCAUGCCGCAGCUUCCAGGCCCAGGCACUGGCCUCGCAGGCCCAACAGAAUCAGUUCUUCUCGACCAUGUUCCCGCAGGUGCAGCUACCACCGCUACCGUUCACCGAUCUUUGCUCGCAGAGCGGGUUUGCCGGGGCCAGUGCUGGGACCUUCAGCCACGGUGGAUCGGGCGUUGGUGUAACAUCGUUCAACAAUCGGUUCGGCGGUGACGACGGUGGCUAUGGAGGUGGCGGCGGAGUGCAGGGCGUUAGCGUCAGCAGCAGCUCGAACGGAUUCGGCCAGGGCGGUACCACGGUGACGCACUUCGGAAAUGGCGGUGGGUCUACUAACUACAUCCCACACAACCAGCACGGUGGCGGCUUUUCGACGGCGAAUCGUUUCGGUGGAAGUUCCGGUGGACAGGGCGUAAGUGUCUCGUCCUUCGGUACUAACACUGGCGGUGGCUACGCCACGGCCAGUCGCUUCGGUGGCGGUUCCGGCGGAACUACGCACUACGUGUCGAACAAUGGUGGAACGGUGGGUUCUUAUGGACCGAACGGAGGAAGCUUUGCAUCGGCCACCCGGUUCGGAGGCUCCAAUGCGGGCGGUAAUUACGGCAGUGGUGGAUAUGGAGGAGGAACCUACGGCGGUGGGGGUAAUGGGGUGGCCGUAGGAACCAGUGUGUCAUCCACCAGCCUUGGCAAUGGGCGAGGAUCAGUGCAGACGAGCGUUUACAAGCAGCACUACUAA